AUGAGUAUGCCUUAUCAAGCCUCGAACUCUUUCGCAUCCGGUAGUAAUGCUCCCAGUCGUGGUGCAGGCGGCGACGGCCAUGCGUCUUCGCUGAGCGGUGACAUCCAAGCCACCGGUGCUGAAAAAGGGCACUCAAGACAUUCGCUGUUUGCCCCCCGGGUGAAGAAGAUUGAAAUCGCUGAUAUCACCAGCCAACUCGGGCUGAUGGUCGAUACCGGAAUCAACUUGUCAAUCGCGCUGCAAGGCAUCGCCGAACAGACCAAGAACGCCACAAUGCGGCGGACCUUGGAAGGAUUAAAAGCCUCCGUCGAUUCCGGUGAAGAUUUUUCAGCAGCACUGGCCCGAUAUCCGCGAAUGUUCGACGAAACCUAUGUGUCGUUGGUCAAAGCUAGCGAAGAAACCGGCUCGUUGGGAACCAUGUUAGAUCGCAUUGCGACCUACAUGAGAAAGGAAGCUGAGACCUGGAGCAAAGUACGUUCAGCGUUGGCAUAUCCGGCCAUCAUGAUGGUGAUGGCCGUUGGGGUCACCAUCUUCCUGAUUGCAUUCAUCUUCCCCAAGUUUGCUCCGUUGUUUGAACGCAAGGGUGUCAAUCUCCCGAAACCCACACUCAUGCUAAUGACGAUCUCAAAUGCCUUUACUGAGUAUUGGUACUUGUGGCUGAUUGCCCUCGCGUUGCUAGUCGGCUUGGCCGUUGCAUCCAAGUUGACAGAAAUGGGCCGCCAUGCGUCGGACUGGUUGAGAAUUUACAUUCCGAUCGUGGGCACAGUUCAGCGAAAAGUAAUCGUUGGCCGUAGCCUUCGCACGCUUGGUACGAUGCUGGGCGGUGGGGUCCCACUACUCGAUUCGCUGGAACUGUGCAGUCGAGUGGCAGCCAACACGUACUAUCAACAGCUUUGGGCUGAUGUGUCCCAAGCGGUUACCGAAGGUCGCAGAAUCACCGACGCCCUGGCUGAAUCUCCGCUACUUCCUCCGACCAUCGUGCAGAUGAUUGGCUCGGGCGAAGAGGCUGGAAAGCUCGACCGAGUGCUGGAAAGAAUCAGUAUUUUCUACGAACGCGAAGUCGAAAACGCCCUUAAAACAGCCACGACGAUCAUCGAGCCCCUCAUGAUCGCUGUAAUGGGCGUCAUCGUAGGCAGCAUUGCGAUGGCACUGAAGGAACCCACUAUCAUGCGAGUUCAGUUUUUUGCCACGGCGAUCGCCAUCGCCACGUGCUGUGCCGGGCCUGCUUUUGCGCAGGGUCGGGUAACGGCGGGGUUGGAAGGCUCGGUGCCUUCGACGCCUGCGGCGUAUGAGUACGAAAGCUACUACGCCAACGAAGAAACGGCUGAGUCGAACACCAGCAACACCAACACCUCGCAAGCCAUUGCCAACUACGGCAGCUCUGCCUGCUGCGGUUCGGCCUGUGGCUCUUGCUGCGAUCCUUGCGGAUCGUCGUGCUGCGACCCCUGCAGCAGCUGCUGCGAUCCUUGCAGCUCGUGCUGCGACAGCUGCUGCGGCUGCGGUGGAGAAGCCUUCUCCCUGCGUAGCGCGCUGUUGGGCGACGACUCGUGGCUCGACUUCGGCGGUUGGACCCAAGUGGGUUACACCACCGAAUCGACCGCCAUCGGCAACGCCGGUGCCUUCAACACGCACCCCGACGCCGUGCGUUUGCACCAGCAAUGGCUCUAUGUCGGUCACGAAGCCGACGGUAGCGCCGGCCUCGACUUCGGUUUCUGGUUCGACGCCAUCUACGGUGUUGAUGCCCAGGACACCCAAGCCUUCGGCAACAACCCGGGCGUUUACGACUUCCAAAACGGCCUGGAUCACGGUAUCUACGGUUACGCUUUCCCGCAGCUCUACGGUGAAGUGGCCGUGGGCGACCUGUCGGUGAAGAUUGGUCACUUCUACACCAUCAUCGGUUACGAAGUGGUGCAGGCGACCGGCAACUUCUUCUUCAGCCACGCCUGGACGAUGUACAACUCUGAGCCGUUUACGCACACCGGUGCUUUGGCCACCUACGCCCUGAACGACGCGGUGACCCUGUACGGUGGUUGGACCCUGGGUUGGGACACUGGUUUCGAUCAGGUCAACCAAGGUAACAACUUCCUCGGUGGUAUCGGCCUGCAACUGACCGACGCCAUCAACUUCACCUACGCCACCACCGCCGGUAACUUCGGCGAUCGCUCGGCUGGCUUCGACGGCUACAUGCAGAGCCUGGUGUUCAACGUGAACGUGACCGACAACCUGAACUACAUCCUGCAGAGCGACUUGCUGCGGAUUGAUGGAACGGGCGAAGAUGACCUCGGUAUCAACCAAUACCUGAUCUACAGCCUCAACGAUGCCGUGGGUGUUGGUGGACGUAUGGAAUGGUGGAAGGACGAUGGUACUUCCUACUACAACCUGACCGGUGGUCUGAACGUGCGUCCGAUCGCCAACAUGGUGUUCCGUCCUGAAGUUCGUCACAACUGGGUCCCCGGUUUGGACCUGCAAGAGACGAUCUUCGGUGUCGACACGGUGUUGACCUACUAA